GGGCAGGGCAGGGGAGGGGUCGCGCGCGCCUGGCAGGAGGGUCCCGGCUCGUGAGGGGCGCGUGCAGCCGCCGGCGGGAGCGCGAGGCCGCUUCCCUCAGGGCGCCUCCGCCGCGCGCGAGGGCGGGAGCGGCCGCAGGGCUCGGCCAGGCGCGUUGGGUGGGGGCGGGCAGCCGGCGCCCCUCAGGGCCUGCGAAGAGGCGCGUCGCUGCGGGGUCGGCACGGCCGCGGCGCAUCGCAGCCCGGCGGUGUGGUGGCGGCGGGGCCCCUCGAGCGGCGGGCGGCCUCUGCGCUCCGCCGGUGCUAGCCAGCCAGCGGCCGUGCGAGCGGAGAGCGACCGGAGAGCUUCGGGGGUUGAACACCCUUCGCCGUUAACGAACGGACAUCCCAAUUUAGUUAUUUUUGAGUCAUCAGUACUGUCAGCGUUACUGCCGUUCCGUUAGCGUGCUUUGCGUCAGAAGCGUCGUGCGACGGCUUCUAAAGUUGGUGGUACUUAGUGCAUCCAGGAAAUGCUUGUUUCUUCAUUCCCCAGAGAAGAAGUCCGCUGUACACAGCAGAACCUAAAGGGCUGACUAGGGAACCUUAACCUUGCCUGCCUCUUCUGACAUUGACUUCUAUAAAAUGGGAAUACUUAUUGCAGUACUUGGAAUCUGGUUCAGCUCUUCACUUGUAAAAGGAGAUUCUAAGGCUGUGACAACAUCUCUAACUGCAAAGUGGUCUUCAACUCCUUUAUUACUUGAAACAAGUGAAUUUUUAUCAGAAGAAGGUCAAGAAAAAUUCUGGAAUUUUGUGGAAGCCAGUCAAAAUAUUAAGACAUCUGAACAUGAUGGUAGCUAUUAUUCGUCUUACCAUGAAAUGCUGAAAGUAGCCUGCCAGAGUCUGUCACCUUUGCAGCAGAAUUUGUUGAAAUUUUCCUUGUCCUUACGCUCUUAUUCUGCAACAGUUCAAGCUUUUCAACAGAUAGCAGCAGAUGAACCUCCACCAAAGGGCUGUACCUUGUUUUUUGCUGUGCAUGGGGAGAAGACAUGUGAAUUUGACUCUCUUGGAAACCUUUUACAGACAGCUUCAGAAAGGCCAAAGCCAUUUUUGUUCAAAGGGGACCAUAAGUACCCAGUGGCAAACCCCGAAAGUCCUGUUGUUAUACUUUACGCUGAGAUUGGCUCAGAGGAGUUCUACAGAUACCACAAGAGGCUUGUUUUAAAGGCUGAGGCAGGAGAAAUCACUUACGUGCUCAGACACUAUAUUGCUAAUCCCAGUAAAGAAAAAGUCUACCUCUCUGGCUAUGGUGUGGAACUGGCUAUUAAAAGUACAGAAUAUAAGGCCAAGGAUGAUACACAGGUGAAAGGCACAGAUGUGAAUGCUACAGUAAUAGAUGAGAAUGACCCUAUUGAUGAAGUGCAAGGAUUUCUGUUUGGAAAACUAAGGCAGUUGUAUCCUGACUUGACAGAAGAGCUGAAAGAACUUAGAAAACACCUCGUGGAAAGUACCAAUGAAAUGGCACCUUUGAAAGUAUGGCAGUUACAAGAUUUAAGUUUUCAAACUGCUGCUCGCAUUUUGACUGCUCCUCCUGUGGAUGCUUUGAUGGUCAUGAAAGAUCUCAGUCAGAACUUUCCUACAAAGGCCAGAGCCAUAACAAAAACAGUUGUUUCUUCGGAACUCAGAGCAGAAAUUGAAGAGAACCAAAAGUAUUUCAAAGGAACAUUAGGAUUACAACCAGGAGAUUCUGCCCUGUUCAUCAAUGGACUACUUAUUGAUUUAGACACUCAGGACAUAUUUAGCUUGAUUGAUGUGCUACGCAAUGAAGCCCGUGUUAUGGAAGGCCUGCACAGCUUAGGAAUUGAGGGUCUUUCCCUGCACAAUGUUCUGAAGCUGAACAUCCAGCCAUCAGAUUCCGACUAUGCUGUGGACAUCAGAAGUCCUGCUAUUUCAUGGAUCAACAAUCUUGAAGUUGACAGUCGGUAUAAUUCCUGGCCUUCCAACGUGCAAGAACUGCUGCGUCCCACAUUUCCAGGCGUGAUCAGACAAAUUAGAAAAAACUUCCAUAAUUUUGUGCUGAUAGUAGAUCCUACUCACGAGACCACAGCGGAAUUACUGAAUGUGGCAGAGAUGUUCUUCAGUAACCACAUCCCACUGAGGAUAGGACUAGUCUUUGUGGUUAAUGAUUCAGAGGAUGUUGAUGGACUUCAGGAUCCUGGUGUUGCCCUCCUUAGGGCAUACAAUUAUGUGGCACAAGAAAUGGACAAUAACUAUGCUUUCCAGACUGUCAUGUCUAUAUAUAACAAAGUGAAAACAGGAGAUCAGCUGAAAGUGGAGCAUGUGGUUAGUGUUCUUGAGAAACAGUAUCCUUACGUGGAAGUCAGCAGCAUUCUGGGAAUUGAUUCUGCCUAUGAUCAAAACAGAAAGGCAGCAAAAGGUUACUAUGAGCAAACAGGUGUAGGUCCUCUCCCUGUUGUGCUGUUCAAUGGGAUGCCUUUUCAAAAAGAUCAGCUGGAUCCUGAUGACCUAGAAACCGUGACAAUGCACAAAAUCCUGGAAACUACAAGCAUCUUCCAGCGAGCCGUGUACCUGGGUGAAUUAUCAAAUGACCAAGAUGUGGUUGAGUACAUAAUGAACCAGCCUAAUGUUGUUCCAAGAAUUAACUCAAGAAUCUUAACGUCUGACAGAGAGUACCUAGAUCUGACAGGAAUGAAUAACUUUUACGUGGAUGACUUUGCUAGAUUUACCACGUUGGAUUCCAAAGAUAAGACGGCUGCUGUUGCAAACAGCAUGACCUACUUAACAAAGAAAGGAAUGUCUUCCAAGGAGAUCUAUGAUGAUUCCUUUGUUAGACCAGUUACUUUUUGGAUUGUUGGUGAUUUUGAUAAACCUUCAGGGAGGCAAUUGUUGUAUGAUGCAAUUAAACAUCAGAAAUCCAGCAAUAAUGUUCGCAUUAGCAUGAUUAACAAUCCUAGUGAAGAUCCAAAUAGCCAGAAUACACUUGUUGCUAAAGCCAUAUGGGCAGCUCUACAGACACAAACGUCAAAUAAUGCCAAGAACUUCAUCACCAAAAUGGCAAAAGAAGAAAUUGCAAAGGCACUAGAGGCAGGAGCCGACAUCUUAGAGUUUGCUGUUGGGGGUAUGGAUAUCAAUAAUUUCAAAGAAGCCUUUGAAUCUCCCAAGGUGGAUUUUAUUCUGUCCCAUGCUAUAUAUUGCAGAGAUGUUCUAAAGCUGAAGAAGGGGCAGAGGGCUGUGAUCAGCAAUGGAAGGAUUAUUGGCCCAUUAGAGGAUGGUGAGAUGUUCAAUCAGGAUGAUUUUCAUCUCCUUGAGAAUAUCAUACUAAAGACAUCAGGACAGAAAAUCAAAUCUCAGAUUCAGCAGCUGGGCUUUGAAGAAGAUCUUGCAAGUGACUUGGUAAUGAAAGUGGAUGCUCUUCUUUCUGCUCAACCAAAAGGAGAAGCAAGGAUUGAGUAUCAUUUUUUUGAAGAACGAUACAGUGCAGUUAAACUGAGACCAAAAGAGGGGGAGACAUACUUUGAUGUUGUGGCUAUUGUUGAUCCUGUGACCAGAGAUGCUCAAAGACUUGCUCCGUUACUUUUGGUUUUGAACCAAUUGAUAAAUAUGAACCUAAGAGUGUUUAUGAACUGCCAGUCCAAACUUUCUGACAUGCCACUGAAAAGCUUUUAUCGCUAUGUUUUGGAGCCAGAGAUUUCUUUCACAGCAGAUAAUAACUUUGCUCCAGGACCAAUUGCCAAGUUUUUGGAUAUGCCCCAGUCUCCACUCUUCACUUUGAACCUAAAUACUCCUGAGAGCUGGAUGGUGGAAUCUGUCAGAACCCCAUAUGACCUUGAUAAUAUUUACUUAGAGGAGGUGGAUAAUGUUGUAGCUGCAGAAUAUGAAUUGGAGUAUCUGCUUCUGGAAGGACACUGCUAUGACAUUACUACUGGACAGCCACCUCGGGGACUCCAGUUUACACUGGGAACUUCAACCAGUCCUGUCAUUGUUGAUACCAUUGUUAUGGCCAACUUGGGUUACUUCCAGCUAAAAGCUAAUCCUGGUGCAUGGACUCUAAGACUCAGAAAGGGCAGAUCUGAGGAUAUCUACAGAAUCUACAGCCAUGAUGGCACAGACUCUCCACCUGAAGCCAGUGACGUUAUUGUUGUUCUCAACAACUUCAAGAGCAAAAUUAUUAAAGUGAAGGUUCAGAAAAAACUAGAUAUGAUGAAUGAAGAUCUACUAAGCGAUGGUACCAGUGAGAAUGAAUCUGGAUUUUGGGAGUCUCUCAAAUGGGGAUUCACAGGAGGACAAAAGAAUGAAGAUGUGAAACAGGAUAAAGACGAUGUACUAAAUAUAUUCUCUGUGGCUUCAGGACACCUGUAUGAAAGAUUCCUACGCAUAAUGAUGUUGUCUGUGCUGAAACAUACUAAGACGCCUUUAAAGUUUUGGUUUCUGAAGAACUACUUGUCACCUACAUUCAAGGAGUUCAUCCCAUACAUGGCAGAGAAGUAUAAUUUCCAGUAUGAGCUUGUCCAGUAUAAAUGGCCACGCUGGCUUCAUCAGCAAACAGAGAAACAGCGCAUCAUCUGGGGUUACAAGAUCCUCUUUCUAGAUGUGCUUUUCCCAUUAGCUGUUGAUAAAAUCCUGUUUGUGGAUGCUGAUCAGAUUGUGCGCACAGAUCUAAAGGAAUUAAGAGAUUUCAAUCUAGAUGGUGCUCCUUAUGGAUAUACUCCGUUCUGUGACAGUCGAAGAGAAAUGGAUGGCUACAGGUUCUGGAAAUCGGGAUACUGGGCAAGUCAUUUAGCUGGAAGAAAAUACCAUAUCAGUGCUCUGUAUGUCGUGGAUCUGAAGAAGUUCAGAAAGAUAGCAGCUGGAGAUCGACUCAGAGGACAGUAUCAGGGUCUUAGUCAGGAUCCCAACAGUCUAUCCAACCUCGAUCAGGAUUUGCCUAACAACAUGAUCCACCAGGUCCCAAUUAAAUCACUCCCACAGGAGUGGCUUUGGUGUGAAACAUGGUGUGAUGAUUCCUCAAAGAAGAGAGCAAAAACCAUUGAUCUGUGUAAUAACCCAAUGACCAAAGAGCCCAAGUUGCAAGCAGCGAUGCGUAUAGUUCCAGAAUGGCAGGACUAUGAUCAAGAAAUCAAACUGCUCCAUAGUCUUUUCCAAAAAGAAAAAGAAAUGCGAACACCAGCUAAGAUGCCAGGACAACACACACAUGAUCCAGCAGCACAUGUGGAAUUAUGAUCCAUGGAAAAAAAUUCAAGUUAGACUGUUUCAUAGACAAUUUUUAUAUUGAAAGCUAGUUUUUUCCGGUAUGUCUGCAAAACUGCUGAAUAAUUGAAUGGGAUGAUGUAUGCAUUUUUAUUACUUGCCUUUGGGUUAAUUUCUGCAUAUGAAAUAGAAUCUGGAUUGCUGGAAUUAGCAUUACUGGUUUUUUGCACCUGUGGUGGAGAUGAAAGAGCCCAUGAUGGAAUUUAGCAUUUCAGAAACAAAACUUCAAAAUCCACUGGAAAAGCCGCAGCCUGUUCCUUCAGCUGUUGCCACCUCCACCAUUGAUGAAGAUCCUGUUAGCCUCAGAUCUAACUUGAGAGCCUGAAAAUCGCAGAGCCACUGAGCCAUUGGCUAGAACAUAAGCCGUAACCUCAACUGCUGGAGGUAAUUUUUCCAAGUAACAUUAAAAGGCUCACAAUCACGCCUUGAAUUUGGGAUACUGUUUUAUUUGCAAGUUUUCAAACUGUAAGAAAUGCUUCUCAGAUUUGUUCAGUAUGCCCUUGAUUUUAUAACAAAUCCAGCAUUACUUAGAUUUUCUAUUGCCUAUCUUCAUUUAUUGCCCAACUUUUGAAGGUUUGGCUUAAUGUGAAGCUACCACAAUUUAUUUAAAUGCCCAUCCAAAAACAAAUGCCUACACUUACAAAAUGAGCAGAACAUUGAAUUUGACAGCUCAGUUCAUCCUAGCCCCUCAGACUUGAAUCAAAGUGUCCUCCUUCCUUCCUGCUCAACAUUUAAAUCAGUCUGCAAAACUGGUCAGGCCUUACUAUUGCUGUGGUUCACUGAUUCAUGAAUGUUUUUUGUUUAUGAAAAAUCUGUGGAAGCUUGGAAGUUUUUCAUCAUGUAAAUUUCAUUAACUUUAUUUUUCUUCAAACAGAGAUGUCACUUCAAUAAAAACUUUGGAGUUCUUAGGUCUUAA